AUGGACUCUGCAGAAUUCAGCCCGUUUCAGGAUAAAUUAACCUCCGCCCUGGUGCAGGUUUCACGGACCGUCGGACAGCUCUCAGCGGAAGACCUCAGUUUCCAUCACACCUCCACCAACGGCUUUUCCGAACAGCUAGACGUACAGACCAAGCGCAUUAUCGCACUGACGAACGCUGUUAUCAAAGCUGCCACCGCUGACACUGAUGUCAAGGGUCCGACACUUCAGGAUGAGGACUCAAUUGAGGAUAAUUGGCGCGGCGUGGUGGAUGUGAUUGAUUCGCUGUUGGAAAAGGCCGAUGCCUGUUUGGACGAGUUCACGGGAGUGAUCAAAAAGCUCAGCCCCUCACAAGAAGAGCAGGCGCCGCCCCCCGUGAAGAAGACGCCUAACUUCCCGACUAUCUACGACUACGGGCCGUCCAAAAUUCCUAAGCCGCAAUUGCUGUUCGAGCGCAAAGUUGAUAACACCGAUCUGGGUCCGUUUAAGCCCCUUUUGAGGUCUAAGCCCCAUGCGAUUGUGCCGUUGGAGAAGUGCUUGAAGACAAAGAAGCUGGACGGUGGAAUUGGCUAUCCUCACCCCUACGAGACGGAGAUUCUUGCUUCAGAGUACCCGCAGUCGGUUUACCAGGUCUCCCCUCCGGUGGAGUAUUUGCCUUUCGAGAGCACCACGGCUACUUUUGUGGAUACUGUGGAGGGGGUCAAGGAAAUGCUUGAGGAGCUCAAGCAGGCGAAGGAAAUUGCUAUUGAUUUGGAACAUCAUGACGUGCACUCUUACCAUGGUCUUGUCUCUUUGAUGCAAAUCAGUACCCGGGAAAAAGAUUGGGUGGUGGAUACUUUGCAACCCUGGAGAGAGGAUUUGCAAAUGCUGAACGAGGUUUUUGCUGAUCCGAAGAUCUUGAAGGUCCUGCACGGCGCUACGAUGGAUAUCAUCUGGCUGCAACGUGAUUUGGGCCUGUAUGUAGUCGGAAUGUUUGAUACGUUCCACGCUGCAUCUGCGCUUGGGUUCCCAAAGCGAAGCUUGAAAUUCUUGCUUAGCAAGUUCGUCAACUUCGAAGCUGAUAAACGGUAUCAGACGGCAGAUUGGCGAGCUCGCCCCCUUCCGCAAGCCAUGUUCGACUACGCACGGUCGGAUACGCAUUACCUUCUCUACAUUUAUGACCGCCUACGAAACGACCUCAUCGACAGUUCGUCCGAAGAGGCGAGCCAUAUUGAUUACGUCAAUGAGCGAUCCAAGCAUGAAGCUCUGCAACGCUAUGAACGCCCUGUUUACGAUGCUGUCAAUGGAUACGGCCCUGGAGGCUGGUAUGAUCAGUUGUGGCGCAAUGCGAGCAAUCUCUCCAAGGAGCAAUUUUCUGUCUUCAAGGCUGUUCACCAAUGGCGCGAUGAAGUAGCGCGCGCUGAGGACGAGGGAUGGCAAUGUGUCUUCCCCAAGCACAUGCUCUUCAAGAUUGCUACUGUCAUGCCGUGUGAGAUGGGAACUCUUUUCCGAACCCUAUCACCCAUGACCCCCAUCACCAAGGAACGGUCACACGACCUUUUGGAUGUUAUCAAGAAAGCCAAGCUUGCCGGUAUUGAUGGUCCAGAAUGGCGCGAUGUUGCACCUCCGAAACACAUUGCAAAGGCUGUAGAGACCGCCAAAACGGAAGCUGCACCUGCCGAUUUCCCCAUUGCUGAACGCUUAGAAACGUCUCAAUUCUGGGGUAACGUUCUGGAAGCCAAUGACACAUCCAUUCCUGCAGAAUAUGCGCUUGCCGCCACUGUCGAAGCCUUGCGCCUCUCACUCCCCAUGCCACCCAUGCCGAAGACCGUCUCAGAGACCCGGGAACAUGUCCGUACGGCGACGGAACCUGCUCCCGCUCCCACUCCCACUUCCGCUCCCCAGGAGCCAGAGGAGAAGAAGUAUUUCACCGUCAAGGACCUCGGCGGUCCUCGCAAACGCAAAGUCACCCCAGUCAACAACCCGGCGCAAGCCCUCUCCACCCCCGCCGACCUCGAUGGCACACCCGACGACCCCUACGUCAAUCAAAAGAAAAGCAAAAAGUCUCGCAAACAGAAGAAAGCCAAGAAAUCGCAAUCCGAGCCCGAGGCUGAGGCGGCUUUCGACUACGCCGCCGCCGAUGCCGUUCUCAAUGCGCCGUCAGCUGCCCCUUCUACCCAGCCUCGCAAGAAGGCCUUCAACCCAUACACCAAAGCGAUGGAAGCCCCCUCCGGCGCGCGGAAGAUCAAGCGGGAAGUCCCCGGCAAGUCUCUUACGUUCCGUGAUUAG